AUGUCAAUUUUGAGUGAACAUACAAUUUCAAUAUAAAAGGAAACAAUAACAAUGAUGUCUGUAUCACAUAGUGCUAUUAGUCCAUCUAUAGCUAUUUGUACAAUAGCUAGAGUGAUGUUGUAUAAUGAUUAAGGAGAGAAAUUUGAUUAUGAAUUGGCUCGUAAUUAGAAACCGACUGCAAUAGCAUGGCAUCCUACUCAGCAACAAUUAGCUAUAGGAUGGUAGAAUGGUAGAUUUUACAAAAUAUAAUUUAGGUACAAUAACAUUAUGGUCAGAGGAUACACGUACAGCUAAGGAGGAAUCAGCUGUACAUAAAGAAGAAAUUAAUUUAAUUCAAUAUAACACAAAUGGAUCUAGAAUGGUUAGUGCAGAUAUAACAGGUCUGGUAGUAGUAUGGAGAGGAAUAACACCAAUGUGUACUUACCAAAAAGAAGGUAUAUAAACAAUUUGUAUAUUUGCUGAUUUGAAUAAUAUCAUCAAAGCUUAAAAUUUAUUCUUUUUUGGUGGUAAGUCAGGAUUAGUAUGUUUGGCUGAUGAUAGUAAACAUUGUUCAGAAGUUUGUAAAGUUGUAGGUAGUAUUAAAUGUUUGAUGAUAUAUGAGAAAUAUAAUUCAGUCAUUAUAAUCACAAGUGGUCUACUUUUAGUUUAAUUUAAAAUAAGUACAAGUGAAAAGACAUAGCCAGACAAAAAAGUUAAAUUAUCAAUAGCAGGAGAGUCAGAAUCAUUAUAAUCGGUUUGGAUUGGUUAAUGUUUAAUAGCAAUUUCAUCAAAUGAAAAUAUGAUUAGAAUGUUUUAAUUAGAAGCUGAUGAAAAUUAUGUUAUUACUUUGCAUGAGUUUUAAGAAUUAUUUCCUUAAGAUAAGAUAUUAAAUGAUAAAAUUACAUGUGUUCAAUAUAGCAAGAAAUCUAAGAAUUUAGUAGCAGGUACUAAAGAAGGUAGAUUAGUAUUUUGGAAAAACUUUUCAUUAACAGAUGAAUCUCCUGUUGAAAGUGAAUAGUGGAAAGCAUUAAAAAUUAUUAAUCAUAAUAAAACAAUCAAUGAAAUUGCUAUAGGCAAAAACAGUGGAUUAAUUGCUGCAAGGUCUGCAGAUUCUGUUAAAAUAGUUUAAGAAUCUUUAGUUCAUGGAAAAAUAAACGAGAAUGUUAGAGUUUUGUAAGUAGAGCAUAAUAAAAUUUUAAUCUAUUUUAAAAAUGAUUCCUAAAAUCAAGAUAAAGGACCUUGGUCGAUGUUUUUAUGGGAUAGCAAAUUUCCUAUUAAAUCAAUUGAUUGCACUCAAUAAUAUCUUUUGAUUUAAAGUGCAAAUAAGAUUGAAAUUAGUGAAUUUACAAGUAAUAUACUAAUUAACCUAUUUAGAUAAUACUUAAAUUUUAAGUAAAUCUUCCUUCGAUAAGAAAUGUGUGAAAGCUGCUCUAUUUUAAGAAGAUCUUAUAUUAUUUUAUGAAAAUAAAUUUGAAGUAACAAACUUUAAAGGAGUUUAAAAAUAUUUUGUUGAUUUUUCAGAAAGUGAUGGAACUAUAGCAAAUUAUGAAUUUAACAAUAAAACUAUGGUUAUAUGGACACAUAAUAAUUAUUUUAGAUUAUAUGAUUUUAGCAGAAGGGAAGCAUAACUUUAAGGAUUUAAUUGCAAAUUUGAAAAUGACAAAGGUUCUUUAGGUACUAUUAAAUAAUGUGCUGUUAAUUGUGAUGGAACCAAUGUUGCCAUUAUAGCAGAUAAUCAUGGAAAUCAAAAUGAUUUAUUUUUUGUUUACAAUUCAGAGAACAAUAACUUUUAAUCAUUUGAAUUACCUAAAUAUAGAAAAGCUAUUUAGAUUAUGUGGGAUCAUUCAGAUCCUAGAUUCUUUGGUGUAACAACUAUUUGCACUAAAAUCAAAACAAAUAGUGAAAAUGAUGUUGAAGAAGAAUAAACUGAUUUUAGAGCUAAAAAGUUUUUCACUUUCUUCUUCAAUCCAUAGAUAGGUAUUAAAGAAUAAGAUUGUUAUGUACUUGAUGAAAAAUAAGAGGGAGUUUUGUCUAUUCGUAUUCCACAUAUUAGUGUUAUUUAGAGAAAAGAUAUUCCUGUUGAUGAUAAUAAUAUUGUUUAAACAAAAGAUCAAAACACAAAUUAAGAUAACCUUAAGAAUGAUAGUAAUGUUAUUAAGAUAAAAGAAUAAUCAAACAAAAAUUAAGAUAAUUCUAAAAAAAAUGAUAGUAAGGUUGUUUAGAAAAAAGAACAAUACAGAAUUUAAGAUAUCCUUAUGAAUGAUUUCACUGGUUUAGAAAGAGCAGAUGAACCAACUAAAAGAGCUGUUAUUAAUUUCUCAUAUCAUUUAUCUUGUGGUAAUUUGGAUGAGGCCUAUAAAUCUGUGAAGGCUAUUCAAAAUCCAACUGUAUGGGAAAAAAUGGCGUAGAUGAGUGUUAAAACCAGAAGGUUGGAUGUUGCUGAAAUCUGUAUAGGAAAUAUGAGAUUUGCAAGAGGUGCUAAAGCAAUAAGAGAAACAAAGAAGGAACCAGAAUUUGAAGCUUAAUUAGCUAUGGUUGCUAUACAAUUAAAUAUGAUCUCAGAAGCUGAAAAACUAUAUUAUUAAUGCAAGAGAUAUGAUUUACUUAAUAAAUUAUAUUAGGCAUAAGGGUAAUGGGAAAAGGCAUUAGAAAUAGCAGAAAAACAUGAUAGAAUUAAUCUCUUAUCAACUUAUUACAAAUUAGCCAAACAAUAUGAAAUAUCUAAAGAUUGGGAUAAGGCAAUCUUAUAUUAUGAGAAAUCUGGAAAUGCAUAAAAAGAAGUACCUAGAAUGUUUUAUGAGGCCGAUGAAUUAUAAUAUUUGGAAGGAUAUGUUUUAUAAAAGAAAGACCCUAUACUUUAUAAAUGGUGGGGUAAUCAUUUAGAGUCAGAGGAAAAAUAUGAAGAAGCAAUGAAAUUUUACAGAGAUGCAAAUGAUGCUUUGGGAAUUGUUAGAUUAUUAUUACAUUAAGAUAAUUUAAGACAUGCCAAAGAGACUUGUAAUGAUAAGAAUGAUCCAGCAGCUCAUUAUUACUUAGCCAAAUAUCUAGAAGCUAAAAACAUUAUCCCAGAAGCCAUUUAAUAUUAUACAAAGGCUUAAUACUAUAGUGAAGCAAUAAGAUUGGCAAAGGAGGCCAAUUUAAUUUCAGAUGUGACAGCAAUAUCAUUGUAAGCACCUAAAUUAAUUAUGAUUUAAUCAGCUAUUUAUUUUGAAUAAAAGAAAAUUAUUGAUAAAGCAGUUUUACUUUACAUGAGAGGAGGGUAAUUAUAAAAAGCAUUGUAUCUAGCUUAAAAAGAAAAAUUGACUGAUUAUGUUAAAAAAAUUAAUUAAGAAAUAUCACUUCAAAAAUAAGAAACAGUAGAUUUAACAUUCACUAAUACUGGCUCAUUAAAAGAAGCUCCAUCAUAACAAAAAUUAUCAAAUCAAUAAUAGCAAUAAUAAUAACCAACUUAAUCAAAGGAUAAAGCACCAAUUCCAGGAUCUUUAUAAGAUUUAAUUAAUAAAAAAUAAUUUGAGAAAGUUUUAGAAAUGUGUGAUAAUUAGGGUUUAUAAAUAACUGAUGAUCUUGUUAAAUAAUUGUUAGAUGGUUUAGAUGAUAAAAGAAAAAAGGAAGUUUAAUUGCUUAUUGCUGAGAAAUCAAAAAAGAUGGGCAAUUUUGAAUAAGCUUCAAAAAUGUAUAUAUAGAUGGGGGAAAGAGUAAAAGCUAUGAAAGCACUUUGUAAAUUGGGGGAUGUUGAAAAAAUUAUUGCAUUUGCAAAUAAUGCUAGAAUGGCUGAAAUUUAUAUUCUAGCUGGUAAUUAUCUUCAAACUGGUGAUUGGCAUAAAACACCUGAACUUAUGAAACAUAUUAUACAAUUCUACAACAAAGCCAAAGCAUUUGACCAUUUAGCUAAUUUCUUUGAAGCCUGUUCAUCAGUUGAAAUUGAUGAAUAUAGAGAUUAUGAAAAGGCUUGUGCUGCUUUAAAAGAAGCCAUUAAAUAUUCAGAUAAAUCUACUAACUAAUAGAAAACAUAAUAAUUAUAAUAGAAAUUGAAAUUGAUCUCUGAUUUUGUUUAAGCAAAGUAGAAGUCACCAUAAGAGAUGUUAUAACUCUAUUAUAAAUUAUUAAAUGAUGUAUAUAUUUUUAAUAAAGUAUUAGAGUAAUAUCGAAUAUGCAGUAAGAUAGGGAGAUAUAUUUGCUGAAUUAAUAGAAUAUUAUUAUUCUUAAAAUCAAUAUGAAAAGGCCUAUGAAGAAAUGUAGAAGAUGUAGAAGAAAUCUAUUGUACUAAAUCCUUAUCUGGAUUAAGAAUUAGUAUAAUUUUUAUUUAUUUUAGAUAUAAAAAGUUAUGAAUUAUAUGAAAUAAAAAGUAGGUAGUCAAUAAUAAUAAUAGUAAUAAUAAUAAAAUAAGAAAUAACCUUAUGGAAAAUAAUAAGAAUAAAAUGACGAUGAUUUCUAAGAAGAGGAUGUUAUUGAUGAUGGAAUAUGA